AUGAUUGGACAUAUAUCUACAAAUGAACAUGAAGAAGAAAAGCAGAUACAAAAGUAUCACAAUCGACUUGGAAAACUACCAAAACGAGGUAGUUCAGAUUUCUUUCAGAUGGAGAUUGUGGAGGAGUUCAACAGUGAUCCACUUCCAAAUAGGACCGACACUCGGACCGCAGAUGAAAUGUGUAGCAAUCAUUCAGACUAUCACUGUAUACCGCCGCUGAGAAGCUUCGAGGCUGAAUUCCGAGUUGCACCGAAACACAAAAUCUCGACGUGUGUGGUACAAAAAAGCAUGUCAACAGUGAUGACGGCAAUAUUCUGCUUUCUAUUUGAUGAGAAUGGUUUUCGUCGAAGUGGAAGAAAGCUUCUCAGUGAGAUUAAGCGUACCAGAUUUUGUGAACAUCGCAACGAAGCACUAUCAAUGCGAUCACUGCAGUGGCGGGUCCUUGUGCGUAAUGAAGAUGGUUGGGUGCAUACGAUGAUUACAAGAGAUCCUGUGGACCGUUUCCUAUCGGGAUUCGUUGAUAAAUGCAUCAGAGCCCAUCUGCCAGGUGCCUACUGUAAUGGUUGCAAGGCAAAUAUGACAUGUUUCUUGAUCAGAGAAUAUGAAAGGAUGGUGGCAGAGGUGAGGAAGGAUCGCUUUACGCGAACUUUUGAAGAUCGACAUUUCUUUCCUCAGAAUUGGCGCUGUGAGCUCUUCAAACAUCCGCAUCGCGUUUUUAUUCGCUAUUCCUCAAAUGCCACGAACUCUAUGCUUGAUGAUCUCUUCAAAGUUUUCCGAAUACGAAAGGUCGGAAACUCUACCUUGGAAUUCUUACGUCAUGAACUCAAUUCAGGUCGAACACCACAUAGCACAAUACAAUCUUAUGCUAGGCAUUUUCUUGAAGAAAGACUGCGCUCCAGCGAUUUUCUUAUGGAAUAUGUCGUAAGAAUGUUCUACCAUGAUUUUAGGAUAUUUCAUUACAAAUUGCCAGAUGGGUUUGUAUGA